GUUUCAACCAAUCAGUGCGCAGUUACCUCCAUUUCCCGAGUUGUAAAACCAGCAUUGAGCUUUCCGCUACUCUCCAAUUAAAACCCCGUUGUGUAAGGAUGUCGGCGUGACUUCACUCUCUGGGACUCCGUGGGUCGCUUAAUGGAAUUGCAGAAUCACAUGUGUAACUAAGUGUGCCGUAUGCCAUGACGCCUCCUUCCACAUUCCCUUGACAACCACGUAUCUGACACCGACAUUCAGGGAGCACCAUGUCCGUCACACUGCUGUGGGCGGUAGAUGUGUAUGGGAGGGUGUAUAGCGUUUCCACCGCCGGCCAGCGUUGGGUGCGCACCGAAGACGCACUUUUGGAGCUCAAGCGCGUCACUGCCGGGAAAGGUCGCUGUUGGGGCAUCGGCUGCGACCACCACGUAUAUCUCAACAUGAUACCCCAUGAGAUGCCCAUCCGCUACAAAGAGGAGACCUAUGAAAACCAGCGGUGGAAUCCUGUGGACGGCUUCACGGAUACGCUGCUGCCCACCGACCGCUGGCAGUGGAGCGAUGUGACUGGGAUGAAUCCUCAACCGCUCCAUAGCUUCCAGUUGCCGUCCCGCAGCUGGGAGUGGGAGGGGGACUGGUAUGUGGACCAGAACUGUGGGGGAGAACCCAGUCAGACCGGGGGUUGGGAAUAUGCCGUCGACUUCCCUGCUAACUUCUCUCCCGACAAGAAGUGGAACUCUUGCGUGCGUCGUAGGCGCUGGAUCCGCUACAGAAGAUAUACAGCACAAGGCACCUGGGCGAAGAUCCCCUUGGACCAUCCCAGGAAGCCCCCUCUACCUCUAUGCGACAUCAGCUGCGGCGGCUGGGAGAUGAGCGACGAGUCUGGGAGGUAUCCUUACCUCUGGGCUGUGUCUCAACAAGGACAGGUGUGGUUCAGGGAGGGCAUCCAGCCACGGAUCCCCGAGGGCACUCGCUGGGACGAGGUCGAGGUGCCCAAGGAGGUGGUCCAGUUAUCACUCGGUCCGAGAGACCUACUGUGGGCUGUUCUGUGGGAUGGCAACCUGCUGGUCCGUACGGGCCUCAGCCUGGACAGUCCCACCGGCACAUCGUGGCUGGAAGUAGAAUCACCCGAGAAGGAGAUGGAAACCCUCCACGUGUCUGUCGGAGUUAGCGUAGUGUGGGUGAUCACUAAGGACUACAAGGUGUGGUUCAGGCGGGGCGUCAGUUCGCACAAUCCCUGCGGGUCGGGAUGGAUCAGCAUCGUCGGCGAGAUGAUGAUGCUUGACGUGGGGCUCAACGACCAGGUUUGGGCUGUCGGUGAGGACCGCGGCCUCUAUUUCCGAAUUGGGGUGACGCCAUCCGAACCAAGUGGGAAUGGCUGGAUCCCCGUUUCUGCCGAGUGGGGCAACAGUAAAGAGAAUGUCCCACCCAGGGGCGGUCCAGAGUUGAGUAGCCAGCUGAAAGAAGCCUCCCAAGGCUCAGUGCUGAGCUCCACUGACUCUGAUUCAAAGUUAGGCCCGACUGACCCAUCAAACAGCACAAAUGACACCCCAGUCCUGGAAGCAGCUGCCCCUUCCAUGGUCCCCUUAGGAGGAGCACCUAUCGUCCCUGUAGAUACUCAAGAUGCUCCCACAGCACCUAAAACCUUAAUUCCCGCAAGCGACAGCUUCAUCAACAGCCUGGUUUCGGACCGCGACAAAACCUCCACAAACCAACAGUCCAGCUUAAUGAUUGAGGAGAAGGGUCAGUUCUCCCCAGCGCAGAUCCUCAUGAGCCCAGAGGCCUCUGGAUCCGGGACCCCUUGGAGUAACGUGGACCUCGAAAGCGCAGAGGUGGCUCGAAGCACGCAAGCAGAAGGGCCUCUCUUGCGCAAUGGCAGCGCCCCUUACGGCCUGGAGGGUGCACAAGGUGUUGGGGACGAGGACGGUCCCGUGUGGGCCUGGAUCUCAGGAGGGGGCUGCAACGUGGACGCCGCCUCCCAAAUCAGCUGGCUCAGUGCUACAGGCCCACUGGUCAGCUCUUUGUCACUGACCCCAGUGCAGUCUUCAGUAUGGAGCGAUCAGCAGCACAGAGAAGAGAUCAGCAAGAAACCUCUGGAAAGAAGCAAUUCCAUCUGGCUGCGUAAAGGCACGCUAUCUUGGUGGAGGGACUGGAAGCCGCAGCGGUGGGUGGACGUGGCCGUGGCUCUGGAGCAGUCCACCAAGUCAGACGGGGGGAAGGACAGCAUCUUCUUCGUUUACUACACGCGUUAUGAUGAGAAAAAGUACCUUCACAUCUUCAUCAAUGAAGUGACAGCACUGGUUCCAGUGUCGCGGGACAGCCACUAUGCUUUUGCCGUGUACACGGGCCCCAGGACCAGACUGAGGAGUCCCCUGGUCCUGGCGGCCCAAACUGAAAAGGACAUGAAAGACUGGCUGAACUUGUUGUCGGAUGUUUGCUGCGAGUGCCGCGGAAUUGCAACUCCUCCGUCCAGGCAGGCCUUGUGGUCCACAACGUCCAAAGGGGACAUUUUUGUCCACGAGCCGUCCUUUUCCCUGGAGGCGCCCGCUCACACGCUGUCAUGUGACCUCAUGUUCUGGCGGCAGGUGCCCGGCCACCUUCGCUGUGUAGAGGCUAACAGUCUGGGGCUGGUGUGGGGCAUCGGGUGGGAUGGCACGGCCUGGGUGUACAGUGGGGGCUCCGGACAGCAGGCUAACGCUGCAGAUGCAGGCCACGCGCACCAGCAGACUGACGUCAGGAGCGUGCACGUGUAUGAGAAUCAAAGAUGGAACCCCGUGACAGGCUACACGGACAGAGGACUUCCCACUGACCGCCCCAUGUGGAGUGAUGAGAGCGGGCUGAGGGAGUGCACCAAAUGCAACACACAGCUGCCCUCCCCUCAGUGGGCAUGGGUGUCCGAGUGGGCUGUGGACCACAGUGUUCCUGGUGGGACGGACAAGGAGGGAUGGCAGUAUGCUGCCGACUUUCUCGUAACAUUUCAUGGCCACAAAACACUGAAGGAUUUUGUUCGGCGAAGAAGAUGGACAAGAAAGUGUAAGAUCACACUGAGUGGUCCGUGGCAGCCGGUCCCGCCCAUCCCCCUGAGCGACAUCUCCCUUAUGUCAUACCUGGCCCACAGCAGCAUGGAACAGGUCCCCCUUUGGGCCCUCAGCGAUAAGGGGGACGUGCUGUGCCGGCUGGGCGUCACCCCACAAAACCCAGCGGGCAGCUCAUGGCUUCAUGUCGGCACCGACCAGCCCUUCAAGUCCAUCUCCAUCGGCGGAGCCAGCCAAGUGUGGGCCAUCGCCAAGGAUGGAGCCGUCUUCUACAGGGGCUCCGUGUCCCCACAAAACCCUGCAGGAGAAUGCUGGUAUCACAUCCCGUCUCCCUCCCAGCAGACCUUGAGACAAUUGUCCGUGGGCCGUACGUCCGUGUUUGCGGUGGAUGAAAACGGGAACCUGUGGUACAGACAAGGCCUGACCCCGAGCUACCCCCAAGGCUCUGCGUGGGAGGUCAUCUCCAACAAUGCCACCAAAGUCUCGGUGGGACCGCUGGACCAGGUAUGGAUGAUAGCAGACAGAAUGGCGGGCUUCCCCGCAGAGACUCCAGGGACCGUUUGUCACAGGUUGGGGGUGGGACCCAUGCAGCCGAAAGGUCAACUGUGGGACUACGGCAUUGGGGGAGGAUGGGAGCACAUCAGCGUGCGGGCCAACUCGGUGGAGGCCCCCCGUACGCAACACCCGCUGUCCACUGCACCACCACCGCCGCCGUCGCCACGGAGGCCGGUCCCCCCGCGGGCCAACGGGGCCACCGUGGGUGUGUAAAGGCGUCCUUCCGUCCCUCCCUCUUAUUCCUCUCGUUUGUGCCUGGAUCCACGUUGGGAACGUAAGCGCCACAAACACAAAUGCACAAUCAUCAUCAUCUUUUGAGUUGGGAAUCACUCACGAGCCACUCGUGAGUCGGCCAUUUGUCGGCCCUCGAUAUAUCGCACAUGCAUCUUGAAUUGCGGUUGAACAAUGAUGGAGACGAGAAAAGCACCUUGGGCAACCUUGGCAUACUAGUAGACCUUUACAUGCCACUAAGUGAGGUAAAACUGUGCCCUUGACAACUAUGUGCUACUAGUACUGCCACUGACAUGAUAAAAGUUCUGCUAGGUAACCUCUAGCAGUUCACUAGCUGUACUAGUUGAAUGCAGGUCGUCAAGUUGGCCUAGUUGUGCCCACCCCCCACCCGAGCCCGCCAGUUGUUCUACUAGUGCGCUUUAUUGUGUCCGAGGACAAAGAGUGUAUUAAUACACAGACUUUAAACUGGAUGUCAAGAAUAUUGAAUCAAUGCUCUAACUGUUUUGAAACUGUUUGAAUGAUUAUUUAAUAUUCUUAAUGGUUCUUGUACUAGUGGAAACAUGUUUUACUAGUAAGUACAAUGAAGUCAUUUGGGAAUGAGUGAAUGAUUCCAAACAUGUAUUUGGACAACGAAGUGACAAGAAAAAAAGUGUGUGUGGGCAGAGCGAUUUCGAGGAAUAAUCCAAACUAUUUUGCAUGUUAGCGUCUUUUUCUGCAAUUUUGACAGCGGCUUGAAUUCAAACGCUAAAUAAAUAAAUCCUGUCAGCAUUGAUCAGGGUAAGGGCUAAGAGAAGCAAAACAUCCCAAAUGGUCUUUUCACUUUAUUGUUUUCGUGUCUUGUCAUUUAUCAUGCAUGUUAUAUAUUUUAUUAUUAUUUAUGUGCUUGUCUGAUGUGCUUUUUGGACCUGUUUAACACUUUUGUGGUGCCCCCCCACGCCAAGAAAAAAAAUUAUAAUGUGAUAUGAUGAGUGUAUAUACGGAGGAAUGAUGGGAUGGACCUACCUUCCUGAACUGUGCAAUAAUAAUUCUAAUAAUUCUAUGAAGAUCUUCCUGUUGGCAUCAAAUGCUUCAAAGACGUGGGUGCGUUAUUUGAGAGAAUAUCAAAUAAAAAGGACUAAACAAAA